AGGAUAUUACAAGUUAAGCCAAGUAGGACAGUACGUUCUAGCUGUGCAGAAUUUCCUAGCUGUUCGCUUUCUACAAUCGCCUAAUACCUUUCUUUCCGAUUGUACAAUCAGCAAGUAUUCCUAAUUGAGAGUACUUAGCUCUCAUUUCUUAGAAUAUGUGCAAUCAUGAUGGUGCGUCAACUUCUGUUUGUCAUCUCUGAGUACCUGAACGAAAACGGUUGCGUGCGUUUAUCAUCGUAAAUCCAUCCCUACAUUUUGCAAUAUGUUUGACCCUUUCAUUGUUUUCAGUUCUGUUAUAUUAUUACACUACGCACCUCAUCCUUUACAGUACUGUCAAUGAUAUCUCGUACCUACCACGCUAACGUGGUUGCCUGGGCCUAUCAAAACGUCCUGACCCCCUUACUGCUCCAACGUGGUCAUAUCUGUUUGAAUAUGAAUAAAGCCAUAAAUCUAGUCUCGCGCGAACCUCGCGAACAGAUAGAUGUCAAGAAGCCCGUUUGAUAGACGUCACUCAUUUCGCACACUCUUUUUGCUCUAGAUUCGCGUCAAUGGAACACCGACAGUUUGACAAAGUUCAAGAGACACCCUUGCCCGAAGUUAAGGUUCCGUCGCCCAAGACGCAAAGACGCGUACAAAGGCGGCAGGUUCGUCAACUGCACGAACGAGCGGAGCAUUUCGAUGUACGCACUGUAUAGCAAGAAGACGGCCUCAUGGCUCUUGUGAUCGUAGGUGUCCUGUUCAUGGUAGGGAUCAUCACUGUCAGCGGACAAUUCUGCACACCGCAGGAUGCAGUCGCGCACGCACUCGAGCAAGCACCUGACGCAUUGAAGUUGAUGCAACAACAAAGCAGACCAUUCUUCCUGGUGUAUCACUCGAGGAACAGCUCGUUUCACCAUGCGUACCCUUGCCUGCGGGCUGCAAGGAUCACACCUGUGCUCAACAACAGAACCAUAUACCUGUACGAUUACAAGUCGACGACAGGAAUCAAAUUCGAUUUAAGGGGUGUAGGUCUCGACAAAACAGACGAAGCUUAUCUACACCCUAACGAAUUCACCAUCGAUAUCGGCCAUGGACAUGAAAAUAUCCUGCAAGACUUCCAAGUUAUAUACACUGAUUACAGACAUUGCGUCCUCUUUUGGUCCUGGAGCUUAGGCUACCAAGUGUGGGUGGAGUCAUCCUACCUGAAAACAAGGAGAAAGGUGCCCGAAGUUUGCUACCUCGUUUACGAGCUGCUGGAGCCACGUACGCGACACGUUGUUUACAAAUGGAAGAUGUGCUAAAAAUAAACGCCCUGCAGAGGUACAUGGGUGUGCUUUUGCUUUCGACGCUACGAUAGCAAAUAUAAGUCGUGGCAUUUUA